AGGCAACCAGAUCAAGAAGAUAAUACAAAAAUGACGCAAACAAUAAAUUUACAAUCAUUAAAAGUUGGAUUCAUUGGUGGCGGAAACAUGGCACGUGCUAUAGGAUUAGCUUUGAUAAAAAGAAAUAUUUUAAAUCCAAAAAAUGUAUGGAUAUCAGCACGAACAAGAGAAACACUUCAAAAUUGGAACCAAUUGACUUCAGAAAAUCCUGUUAAUACGACGUUGAACAAUGCUGACAUAAUAAUAAACAGUGACAUAAUAUUUUUGGCUAUCAAACCCCAAUCACUCGUCUUGGCUAUUGAAGACGCAAAAAAAACCUCUGAAGGACGUAAUUUAAUGUUGAAUAAUAAAUUAUUUGUGUCAGUACUUGCUGGUGUUACACUUGAUACAUUAGAAAAGGAAAUUCAACUACAUUUAGGACAACAAUUACCUUUGAAAAUUAUCAGAACAAUGCCAAACACACCGUUAAGUAUUGGAGAAGGCAUAACAGUAUACUCUCGAAAUGCCCAAGUAUCUGAAAGCGAUGCACUUCCAUUAGUUAAAAUGCUAUCGCAAAUAGGCAUUAUUGAAGAGAUUCCGGAAAAUUUAAUCAACUCAGCCGGUGGUUUGGCUGGGUCAGGUCCAGCUUAUGCUUACCUUAUGGUGGAAGGAUUAGCUGAUGGAGCAGUGAAAACUGGUUUACCUCGUGCACUAGCAACUAAAUUUGCCGCACAAGUAUUAGUUGGUGCCGGCAAAAUGGUAUUACAAACUGAGAAACAUCCAGGACAGCUUAAAGAUGAAGUUUGUUCACCAGGUGGUACAACUAUUACAGGAAUGCACGCUUUAGAAACUGGAGCAGUAAGAGCAUCAUUGAUGAACGCAGUUGACGCAGCAGUAAGAAGAUCUAAGGAGCUUGGAGCUUAG